CAGAUUUGAAAAAAGAAAAAAAAAAAAACGAAAUAGGUGCGAAACAAGCAAAAAAACAACACCGAGCCACUCGCUCUCUCUCUCGUCUUUGCGUUCAAUUCGAACCCUAGGCACAUUGAAUCAAUCAUUCGAAAUCUCUCUCGGAUCUUCAAUCAAUGGCGUCUUGAUCUGAGACGUCUUACGGGAUAGUAUUUUGGGGGGAGCUAGUGGAUCAUAUGAGGUGCUUACUCGGUUCUGUAAGUGUUGAUUCAAAUGUACAGUUGUUGCAUUUUCUUACUGGUGACGAAUUUUUUGGCGGAUUGAUCAAGGUAUAUAGGCUGGGACUGAGUUCUUUCAUUGGAAGUGUUGUCAAUUUGUUGCAUUGCAUUGCAUUGGUGAAGGAGGGGAAGAGCUAUCAUGGCUCAAGGAGGGGAGCACAUCGAACUUAAAUUUAGGAUCUAUGAUGGAACAGAUAUAGCUCAUAGCACCUAUGCACCAUCUACUACUGUUGCUACUCUUAAGCAAAGGCUUGUUGCUGAGUGGCCUCAAGGACAUCCGUUGAUGAACUCAUUGAACUGUUUUACAAAUCACAUCCAUGGACUUCCGUUAGCAAGUAAUGCAUUCGUUUGUGAAAUGUUUAUACACUCUAUGCAUAUGCAUGUCCGAGUGUGGGUGCAUCACAUGUUCACAGAUAAAUCAGUUGUACCCAAGUCAGUAAGUGAUAUAAAACUCAUACAUGCUGGCAAAGUUUUGGAGAAUGGCAAGACGCUGGCAGAAUCCAGAGUACAUUUUGGUGACCUUCCUGGUGGCGUUAGUACUAUGCAUGUUGUGGUGCAGCCUCCUGUCCCAAAAAAGAAGACAGACAAGAACCAGGAGAAGAAUCAUAAGCAGAAUUCAUGCUCAUGCGCUAUCCUUUGAAUUGGGAAAGCAUGCUUUGUGGCUGUCGUGCAGACAGGACAACGUUUCACAUUUUUGACCUUCCUUUUAUAUUGUCAUUGCUGUGUAACAUUCUAAAUGGCAUCUAUGAUUUAGCAGGUUACAUUACAUGUGAUAUUGCUUCUGCAAUUGAUAACGUUGUAUUCUUUUUUCUAUACGUAAGAUCAAAAUUUCUACCGUUCAGUAUUCUCUUUCCUAUUAGGAGUGGUAGGGCCAAGAGUUCUCUUCCUUUGUGGCAUGGUAAUGUCGUUCAUAUGUGUGGAUCCCAUUCUCUUUCCUAGCUCA